GCAAUGAGGUCCAGCCAAAGAGGGACCUGUCCCGCUUUGUCCUCUGGCCCAAGUAUGUACGCCUCCAGCGCCAGAAGGCUGUCCUUUACCAGCGUCUGAAGGUUCCUCCUUCCAUCAACCAGUUCAGCCAGGCUCUCGAUAGACAAACAGCUACACAGCUGUUUCGUCUGAUGCACAAGUACCGCCCCGAGACCAAGCAGGAGAAGAAGGCCAGGCUCAGGGCCCGUGCCGAGGAUCGCGUCAAGGGACGUGAAGAGGUUCCCACUAAGCGUGAAGCUCGCAUCAUGUCCGUGUCAACACUGUCACCCGUUUGAUCGAGUCCAGAAAGC